AUGGACGCAAUCCUCUCAACCUCCGCAUUUCCCAUCAGAAAGCCCCUCCUCUGCAACCCCCACGCCGCUCCAUUUUCCCUAACCUUACAAGGAAUCAAAACGCAGCAGAGCCAUUUCACGCGGAAGCGUUUGUUUUCCCCAAAUCAAUCGCCGCACAGAAUAUGUGCAAGCUCUCAACCUUCUCCUUCUUCUUCGUCUACUUCCGUACCGCCUGAAAUGAAGGCGUGGACAUACAGCGAGUACGGCGGCGUCGAGGUUUUGAAGCUCGACUCGAAUGUUACGGUGCCGGAAAUUAAGGAUGAUCAGGUUCUGGUCAGAGUGAAAGCUGCUGCUCUCAACCCUAUCGAUUUCAAGAGGAGAUUUGGGAAAUUCAAGCCCACUGAUUCACCUCUUCCAACUGUACCGGGCUACGAUGUUGCUGGUGUGGUUGUUAAAGUCGGGAGUCGAGUGAAGGGCCUCAAGGAAGGAGACGAAGUCUAUGGAGAUGUAAAUGAGAAAGCGUUGGAUGGGCCGAAACAGUUUGGAUCAUUAGGUGAGUACACAGCUGUGGAGGAGAGAUUGUUGGCUCUCAAGCCCAAGAAUCUCGAUUUUUCUCAGGCAGCUAGCCUCCCGCUCGCGAUUGAGACGGCUUAUGAAGGUCUCGAAAAGGCUGGGUUCUCCAAGGGCAAGUCCAUACUGGUUCUUGGUGGAGCUGGUGGUGUUGGAUCCCUCGUGAUUCAGUUGGCAAAACAAGUGUUUGGUGCUUCCAAGGUAGCUGCUACGUCCAGCACAAGCAAGUUGGAAUUUUUGAAAAGCUUGGGGGCCGAUUUAGCUAUUGACUACACCAAGGAGAACUUUGAAGACCUACCCGAGAAAUUCGAUGUUGUUUACGAUACAGUUGGGCAAUGUGAGAAGGCGGUGAAAGCUGUCAAGGAAGGUGGCAGUGCGGUAGUCCUUACUGGUGCAGUUGCACCGCCCGGUUUUAGAUUUGUAGUCACUUCAAACGGAGAAUCUCUAAAGAAACUGAACCCAUUCUUGGAGAGUGGGCAAGUGAAGGCUCUUAUUGACCCUAAGGGCCCUUUCCCUUUCGACAAAGUAACUGAAGCUUUCUCGUAUCUUGAGACGAACCGUGCUACUGGGAAGGUGGUCAUAUAUCCUAUUCCAUGA